AUGCGGCAGCUGCUGCUCCUGGUCCUCCUCUUCCUCCUCUCUUUUCUCUUCCUCCUCACCGGGGGCUCAUUUUACCAGGGAGGAACCAAAGAGUUGGGCACCGGGGAGAUCUGCAUCCAGAGCAAGAAGUGCAAGAGCAGAUGCUGCCGCCGGGAGCCCAAGAACUGCGAGUCGUACUGCGCCCUCAAGGGGUCGGAGGGCAGCGCGUGUCACACGCAGACGUUCCUCGGCCUAUAUAACGAGUGUCCCUGCCUGCCGGACCUGACUUGUGUAUUUCCGAAGAAUGAGAAAUCGUUUAGAAUUAUCUACGGCCGGUGUAAGAAAACUGAAAAAAAGAAGCCAGCUAAGAAAAGUUUCUUUUAAUGUUGCCUCUUCCUUGACUCCUCCCUCCGCUCCUCCCCCAACUCCCGUCUCUACCCAGAACUGUAUGUUCCUGCCCCUGGCCCCCCAGUCUCCACCAGCAGGGGAGGGGCAAGGAGCGGGGGAUGAUGCACCAUCGUGGAAAUAAAGAGCUCUCAAUGUUUGCUGCCCGUGGAGCUGGGGGCUGGGUGGGCCUGCCGGGCUGGGACGGGCA